AUGGAAGAACCAUUACUUGUUUCUCUUGUUACCCUCCCGCUCGAUGUACUGUUGCCGAUACUAUCUUACCUUGAUUUGUCAAGCUUCUUGUCAUUAUGCAGAACAUGCAAAGCAUUUCAAACCCCUGAAAUCAGCUUCGACUCUGGAUAUUGGCGCAGAAUAACAUGCACGACUUUCCCUGGUCCUAAUCAGCCCCUCAUCCAGGGGGAUGGAAGGCGCUGGCACGCCCUAUUCCAGCGAAUGCUUGCCCAAAGUCAUGCAUUCUCCUGGGGCAACAACAACAAUGGAUGCCUUGGUUAUAAGACGAGGUUUCCCAGCUCAUGUCAUGUACCGCAGCCACACACCCGGAACUCGGAAAGAUCGUGGCCUGAUCGGAUGGAACAUACCGGCAAGCUUAGAAGUAUUGCAGAUGUGCAAUGCGGUGAUUUGUCGACUAUUCUUCUUACUUCGAAAGGCGUACUGUACUCCGUCGGACGCCUAAGCCCUUUGAAAUAUGGUGCUGGAGGGAGCAUAGAGCCAAGGUCGCUCAGUUUUCCUUUCAUGUCCCUGACCAGUGCGCCCUCUGCUUUGUCUAUUCGAGAGUUUUCUGUACAUGGAUGCCAUGUCCUCGGACGUGCGGACAGUGGCAGAAUAUGGUACUGGACGGACAUGAACUUUCCCGCAGAGCAUAUCCAGUUUACAAACAUCAAGAUCGAAGAAUUCGGCGACUCAUCCGCGGAUGCAGAGACAAAUUUCUUACUACGUGGCCGCAUACGCCAAGUUGUAGCUGGAAAGAACGUACGAUCUGCCUAUGUCACGAACGUCGGGAUCGUACUAUGGCAGACUGCAGAACGUGGCACCAGUGGCACGGUUUCGCAGCAUAUUGUUGUCCCCAAAACUGGCUACCAGCGCCAAAACGGCAAUGACUCUUCAGAAGCCAGUGAUGAGGGCCGGUCCCUCGGUAGGGACGUCGGAGAAGUUGUCAAUUACAUCGUCUUGGAGCACUUUAUUGUGUUUGUUACAGACAUUGGCAGCUUUUUUGCAACAAGAUUUCUCGACGCCUCUGAUUUUUCUGUGGAAGACAUUGUCGAGCUCAGAGAACUUCGCCAUGACACGCAUUGCAAAAGUAGUCGGGUGGAUAUUCAAGGCUCUUACACGUCGUUCGCAGCCCUCCGGGGUGGCGAAGUUAUCACAGCGGACGAGAAUUAUCUGGAAGAUUGCUGGAGUAAUCGGACCAUCCCAGAAACCAACUUCAAAUCUGGCAUAAAGCGAGUUCCGGCCCUCCAACAUUCUGGCGUCACCCGCAUCGCAUUUGGUCGGUACCAUUUCCACGCCCUUCAUCGCGACGGCCGUAUCAAAUCUUACGGUAUGGAACUACAUGACAGCGGUUCCGUCGGGUCAGGCCGCGAAGGCCGCCCUCAAAGCCGUAGAAAGGAAUUCAAGUACCCCGAAGAACUUUUUGGUAAUACGCUACUGGCUCCAUGUGCUUCAGCCCCACAUGCUUACGCACGCAAAUGUGCUGUAUGGGUAGAACAAGACGAGACGGGCUGGGAUGAAUCUUUGGACUUGCGAGUUUGCGAUGAGGAAGGUCUCAGCGCUUACCAUGCGCUAACUAUCGCGGCAGGGGCCGAACACUGCGCGGCGCUAGUACUAGUUAAUAAGUCGGCGAGAGAGGUCGAGGCAUAG